CCUCCACGGGCCUUUCGCUCGUCUGCACUUUUUCGUCUCUUCCUCUCUCGCUCGUUCUUUCACCGUCUCUUCCUCUUUUUCAUUUCAUUUUCAACGCAGAAAGUGCAGUUGAAACGAACAGCACCUGUCAUCACAGCGACAUCUCCCAUUCUUCCGAUACUCUUACGCAUGCGUUACUGUCUUCAGUUGGUAACACGUCGCUUGCUGAAUAUCUUCUUCGACACCAGAGAGCGUAUCAAUUCAUUGACAUCACACGAAACUCGUGCGGCACGGUCGUUCUCAAACUUUUCUUGUAUCACGCUGCACCGUCAUUUUGACUCGUUCAAAUUUAUCAAAACUCUCUUUUCGAACAUGGUUAGUCACUUUGGAGAGGUCGUAUUUCCGUCAUCGCGAGCAUUUUGGGAUGACGAAGACGAAUAUGAAUCAGCUGAAAAUUUAGAAGAUCGUCCGACGUUGUUUCUUCAUUGGCAGAAAAGUAAACCCGAGCAUAUAAAAAAGUUCAUCAUAAUCGAAGGAGAACCAUUGAUACCCUUUGCAGAACAAUGUUUAUGUCACAAAGUUGAAGAAGCUUGUGUCAUAAAGAAUAAAAAUGACAAGAAAGUUUCUGCUAUUUACGAAAUGGACAAACAACUGUAUCUGUGCAUUAUUUUACCACAGUUUAAUACCAAAGAUGCAGGGAUACUUAUAAAUGAGCUAUUUGACUUACUAUUAAACACAGAGAAUACAAUUGCAAUAGUAUGUCGUCACAUAUCACAGUUUCAGAGUACAAAUAUUCCAGAUGAUCCUUCUUUUUUAAGGAUAUUAACCGCUAAAAAUGCAAAUGAUACUUCUGAAUGUAAAAUUGAAACAUUAGAACAACCAAACAUUAUAUUUGGAGUUGGUGCAGGAGUUUUGUCACAUGCUGAAUUUACAAAUGUGUCAACUAAAUUGUAUGUAUUGUACAUGGAUGGUUUUGUACUAGAUUCAAAGUGUGCAGAACCAAUUUUGAAGGUUUUAAACAACGAAAUACCCGGAAAAUUACGGCAUUUUAAAUUUGCAGAAAAUUUUUUCAGUAAAGGAAAUCUUUACAUGUGAUAUAUCCUGUUUUAUUUUCCCACGGAAAUAAUAUCUGAAUUAAUCAAAUAUAUAUCAAAUUAAACAUAAUCUUUUUUUUUUUUUCGUUU